UUGAAAUGAGAAACCGGAUGUCAGUGCUAACUGAAAGCUAGCGCUAACUGCGCUGCUGUUAAAACUUUAAACAUUUUAAAGUGCUGCCGUUCGUCUUCCCGGCGAGGAGCUGGUGUUUCAAAGUUAGUUUUUAAGACAACACGUCGGCCCUUCGAGUGAACUCGAUCUGUGUGUCUGGUCUCCUGCCUCCUCUCCAGUCUCUCCGGGUGUGGAUGACACUGGCCCUGUGCCAGGCCUCCAUAGAUGAAGAUGUCCCUGGCCCAGCGAGUGCUCCUCUCCUGGAUAUUUGCCCUGAUCUUCCUCAUCAUGCUGGUCCUCAAGUUGGACUCCAAAAUCAACUGGAACUGGUUCCUCAUCUUCCUCCCUGUCUGGACCUUUGACACCAUCCUCAUCCUCAUGCUAAUAGUGAAGAUGGCGGGCCGCUGCAAGCCAGACUUUGGCCCCAGGGACGGCGAGCAGAGCCUAAAGAAGAGGCUGUGGUACUUGACGGCCCUGUUCCUGAAGCUGGCCUUCUGUCUGACACUGUGCUCCCGCCUGGAGAGGCUCACGGACAUCUGGGUCAGUGUGGUGUGCGUCCCUCUGUGGGUGCUGCUGGGUGGAGCGCUGGUGGAGCUGGGACGCAGUGUUUUCCACUACAGGAGGGACUGAACUGGUGGAGGAUGUUGAUUUUGAGAUGAUGUGAUGGGGACAAAAAAAAAACUUCUCAGACGAAGGAUGAGCCGCUGAAGGUCAUCACUAACCGUUCACAUUAAAACCCUCUGCUACUUGACACUGUACAUUAACGCCAGCGUGUAGAAUAACUGGGUUUAGGGUCCCAGUGGGCUUUACACAUGUGGCACACGGGCGUUAAAUAGGAGAUGUUCGAAAUCAGUGUCGCGAGAGAAAACGUCGCAUUUUCUCAUGCUGGUGGUUAAUGGAACUCCAGCCACAUGGUUUGGUAUCUUGAGAAUAAAUUAUGCCUUCACUUUGUUGUGGGAUUCACAUUGCUGCCUUUUGGCUCCUCUUUAAUCAGCAAUUGAGAGAAAAACGGGCCACACCAGGUGAGAUUGGGUCGUGGAUAAAAUAGAAAUAGUGAUCGAGCAUUGUGGUAGAAAAAUGUGUACCAUCUCCUCGAUAUGCAAAAUUCACAGCUGAGCCGUAAGUAGUUAUGAAACUUGUUACAGACGCUAAAACCUCACAUCUUCCUAUGUGAUAGACCAAACAUCAAAUGGCCCCUUUGUCAGUAACACAAAUUGAAUGUAACGUGAGAACUUCCUCUGACUGUGUGGAUUAAAUGUUCUUUGCACUCUAAAA